AGAUGGAACUUUCUCCCCCGCCCUACUAAUCAGCUUCAAAACUGAAGGCUUCACGUAAUUUACGUGGAGAAGUAGCCAAUGAGAACUGACAUUGGCAACUAGCUCCGCCAAUAGCACUAAUUUUGGUAGAGCGCGGGAGACUUUUGACCAGGGAAGAAGUCAAUGGCGCUCGUUUGUUGAAGGAAAGGUCUCUGGAAGAGGGGCGCGCGCCGCGGCUGCAGCCCCGAAGGGUGGCGGCGCAGCCGACAUGGCUUGCUGUCACAAAGUGAUGUUGCUUCUUGACACAGCGGGUGGCUCCGUUCUCCAGAGCCCGGUCAGGCGGGCGGCCCUGCGCCUCCUCACCUACCUGGGUUGCCGGUUCGGCCUGACUGGGGUCCACUGGGCCUUCAAGUUCUUUGACUCUCAAGGCGCGCGAGGCCGGACCUCCCGCGCGUCCAAUUUCCGCGAGCUGGGGACGCGCUCUUGGGAGGACUUCGAGGAGGAGCUGGAGGCCCGGCUCGGGGAUCGCGCGCACGGUGCCCACCUCCCCGGCCCAGCGCCCCGGGCCAGCCACACGCACAGCGCCUUGAUGGAGACGCUGCUAGACUACCAGUGGGACCGGCCUGAGAUCACGUCGCCCACGAAGCCGAUCCUGCGGAGCAGCGGCCGCAGACUGCUGGAUGCCGACAGCGAAGCCAAGGAGGCCGAGGCCGCGCUCGGGGGCCUAGUGAACGCUGUCUUCCUCCUGGCGCCCUGUCCACACUCACAGAGGGAGCUGGUGCAGUUCGUGUCGGGCUGCGAGGCCCAGGCCCAGGGCCUGCCGCCCACGCCUAAGCAAGUGAUGGAGAAGUUGUUCCCCAGGAGAGUCCAGGAGGUCAUGGUUGCCCGAAAAAUCACCUUCUACUGGGUGGACACCACCGAGUGGUCCAAGUUGUGGGAUUCCCCAGACCAUGUUGGGUACUGGACAAUUUGUGAACUGCUCCGCCAUGAAGGAGGAGCUGUUUUGCCACCUGAAACUUUCAACUGGAGUUUUACUAAAGCUGGGGAGACAAUACUUGACGGUGAAGGAAAGAUGUCAAGUGAACCUCACCUCUCUCCAUGGAUUUCAACUCUGCCAACUGAUGCCACUUUAAACUGUUUACUCUAUAAUCCUGCUGUGUACGAAGCCUCAUUUCCACGAAUGGAAGGAACAUUAUUUCUCCCUGUUAAAGGCAAAGAGGUUCAAGAAACAUGGACAGUUACCCUAGAGCCCUUGGCCAUGCAUCAGAGACAUUUUCAGAAUGCAGUUAGAAUUUUUUUAAAAGGCUCAGUGGCCCAGUGGUCUCUCCCGAUGAGUGGCACUUUGGGCACCGACAGCUGGAUGCUACAGAGUCCAGAGGAGAACAGACUGACUCAAGGGCUCUUAUUUCAGCAGCUGGCAAGCAGUCUGAUGGCUGAAAAGUUACAUCUGGUUGCCAGUGUGGACCCGGGUGAAGGCUGGCCCCCUGUCACCGGAAUCCUUUCCCCACUGUCUGCCAGUGCUAUGAUUCUCACUGUGUUCCACGUCAGGGAAGCUGAAUUCCAAGGACAUUUUCUCCAAACGGUCGCAGCCGAAGGCCCCCAGGAUACAACAUCCCUUUUCUCAGAUGUUACGGAUCGUGUACUGAAUGAGAUUCAUCGUUUAUUUGAAGAUGCCACUGCUUCUGCUCCCCCCAUUCCCCAGUGGGCUGAGCAGGAGCUCGGCCGCACAGCUCCCUGGAGCCCAGCUGUCCUGGAGAAGUGGUUUCUUUUCUCUAACAUCAGUGGGGCCAGUUCAGAUUUGAUGGAGUCAUUUUGGUUACUACAGGCUGCCUCAACUAAUAAAGAGCAGUCUUCCAAAACUGAAAGUGAAUUAACACAUCUCCUCUCCGAGCUCUACCAGAGACGCUCUAGGGAAGAAUCUACCGCAGCUAACCAAGAAGACACCAAAAAGAAACGAGGCAUCCCUCGCACUCCAGUGAGGCAGAAGAUGAAUACCAUGUGUCGCUCCUUAAAGAUGUUGAAUGUCGCAAGGCUGAAUGUAAAGGCUCAGAAGUUACACCCAGAUGGCAGUCCAGAUGCAGCUGGGGAAAAAGGGAUCCAGAAGACAGUUGGUGGAAGAACAGCUGAUAAGCUGGAAGACAGAGGAAGAUCAUUAAGGAGUUCUAAACCAAAAGAUUUUAAGACUGAGGAGGAGCUGCUAUCCUACAUACAUGAAAAUUACCAAAAGACUUUGACUACAGGGGAAAUCACAUUAUAUUCAUGCGCUCGGAACAUGAUCUCAACUAUUAAAGGGUUCCUAAAAUCCAAAGGCACCAAGGAAGUAGAAGUGGCCUGCCUGAAUCAUAUAAAAAGUGAUCUCUUAAAAACUAGCAAAAGUUUCCGACAGAAUCUGGGGAAAAAACUGGAUAAGGAAAAUGAAGUCAGAGAGUGCCAGCUUCAGGUAUUUCUUCGUUUGGAGAUGUGUUUGCAGUGUCCUUCCAUCCUAGAAAACCCAGAUGAGAUGGAGCAAGUAGUGGAAGAGGUGACAGCUUUGCUGCGCAUUGUGCAUCUAACUGAAGAUUCAGCAUACCCAGCGAAUUUUCUGCAAGAGAUUUUGAAACUGUACAUUGACUCCAUCCCAGAGACAUUGGGGAAUCUUUACAACAGCCUUGGACUUGAGAUUCCUCAGAAGCUGGCUGAUGUCCUUCCCACAGACUUUUUCAGUGAUGACUCUGUGACCCAGGAGAGUAAAUCGCCACUGCUUUCCAUGUCUCUUCCUUCGAGCGCUCACAGAUCAAUGCCAGGCAGCACCAACACUGACCAGCUGGAGGAGCUCCGGACCAGAUCAGCCAAGAAGAGGAGGAAAAAUGCAUUAAGAAGACAUAAAAGCCUUGCAGAAGUUUCACAGAAUCUUCGACAAAUUGAAAUUCCCAAAGUGUCCAAGAGAACUACAACAAAUGAGGACUCUCACUCUGCCCCUCAGCAGCCUGCACUCCCAGCAAAAGGCACAGGACAAGAAGUGACCAAAGUUCGAAGAAAUCUUUUCAACCAGGAAAUGAUUUCUCCUUCAAAGAGAUCCCUAAAGCGGGGCCUGCCUAGAAGUCAUUCUGUAUCUGCCUUGGAAGAUCUGGACCACAAACAUGACAACUUCAAGAAGACCAAAGGUUAUCACAAGCUACUGACUAAGAGUGUGGCUGAGACUCCAGUCCAUAAGCAGAUCUCACGGAGGCUCCUUCACAGACAAAUCAGGGGCAGGUCCUCUGAUCCCGGUCCUGACAUCGAUGUUGUUGAAGAAUCCCCUGAAAAAGGAGAAAAUGAAAUAGGUUUGAGACGAAGUCCUCGAAUCAAGCAGUUAUCAUUUAGCAGAAAACAUUCUGGUUCCUUCUAUUCUGUGUCUCAGCCAAAGUCUCGAAGUGUGCAGAGAGUCCAUUCAUUGCAGCAGAACAAGUCAGACCAACGAGAAAAUUCUCCAAUACAAAGUAUUCGGUCUCCCAAGAGUCUUCUUUUUGGGGCAGUGUCUGAGGUGGUCAGCCCCUCAGAGAAGAGUUCGGCCCAAAUUAAAAGACUGUCAAGAAGCAAGCUGAGCUCUGAGACACCUCCAGCUUUCCAGACUCCUAAGAAGACUUGUCAGAAAUCUCCGAGCUUUCCUAAGACAACACCAAGAAGGUUCCCAAGAACACCACAGAUCCCACCCUGUACUCCAGAAAGGCCUCUGCACCCCACUGUGGACGUGACCCCUGCGGAGCCUGCCAUGGCUGGGAAGGCCCCACAGGACGCCUCCUCACCCAACUGCUGCUCACCAUCGGCAUCAAGAGCCACACCACAGGAAGGACCCUCCCCAGAAGAAGCGGCCUCUCCUCUUGUCACAGGGACCCCGAGAACACCCACCGGGCCGGAUGCUCAACCACCUGGCUUCUUGCUGAACUGUGCUUGGCCACGUGUGGUGAAUUCCAGUCCGGACAGUCCCUACCACACAGCAUCCCCAGCUCCCUCGGCUGCCCAGCCCUGGAGUGAGUGUGUGACCCCCAUCAGGCACUGCCUCAGGACACCGCCAAGGGCAGCAGCCCUCCUGGGCCCAUCUCAGGGGCCAAAGUGCCAGCAGCUCCUUCUCCCUGGAGGCUCUCAGGCAGAAGAACCAUCACAGACACUAAUGGAUGAAGUGGUCCGAACCUCCAGGGGACCUGGGGACAUAACUGUGACUUCCUCCCCACCGGCUGCUCCAGAGAGGUGGGAUGUCUCUAAGAGCCCACUAAGGAAGCCCUCAACAGUGUCCCCUGGCCCCAGAGACCUGGAUCAGAAAGAUCAGGCGUCACCGAGCAGGGCCACAUGUCCCUCUUGUGCUGGUCCCUCAACUCCCCCCACAGUACCACAGAGUGUCCUGUCUGUCACCAUUCCCCCUCCACCGCCAUCUAAACUUGGGAGACGGUAUAGAAAGACCUCAGACCCCAAACAAGGCUCUGAGGAGUGCCCACCUGGACCCUCUGCUGCACUCGGGGUUGCCACAGCCACCGGGCCAGCUGCUACCACCAGUUCUAGAAGGGACCAGAAGGGAGGGAGACUUUCUCCACCUUCCUCCCCUGAAGGACAGAGACACCUAAGCCCUGGUGUCGACAAUGACUGGCUCAGAUCCUCCCCUCUGCUUCUUUCGAGUGACACAGGCCACCUCACUCUUCUCGAGGAAGCCGAACCCCAGGGUGGUGGUAGCCGUGCAGUGACAGGGGGUGAAGGUGUGACACUGAGGUCAGCAGAGGACGAUGAUGCAUGGGAGCCACGCAGCAUGCCUGAUGCCAGGACUUCGCCCCCUGCUCCUGGCUCUGGGCCUGAGUCUCCCGAGAUGGUGUCCUACACCCUGCACUGCCCUCCAGACAGAUGGCAGUGCCCGGGUGCGGCAGGACCAGAGAGCCUGAGAGCUCCCGUGAGGCCUCCGAAGGCGCCCGCCAGCCUACAGACCUAUGAGGUAGAGCUGGAGAUGCAGGCCUCUGGCCUGCCCAAGCUUCGGAUUAAGAAGGUAGACUCUAGUGCACUGGCUGAAGCCGAGGCCCCAGGAAAGGGGAGUCCUGUAGGAGAGGAGGCCUCCCUCCCUGCUCUCGGCAUGCCCAGGGCCAGCAGGGCCACCAGCAAGCCCGAGGCUACCUACACAUCACCGUCUUGUCUCCGCUCCUCACACAGCACACCUGGCAAGGGACAGACCUACAUCUGCCAGACCUACACUCCAACCCCCUGCCCACCCAGUACCCCCUCUCCGUUUCAGACAGAUGGUGGGGUUCCCUGGACACCAUCCCCCAAGCACAAUGGGAAGACCACUCCCGACUCCAUUAAAGACUGGCCCCGGAGGAAGAGGGCGGUGGACUGCAGCAGUGGGCUCUCGGGCCGAGGCGAGGUGGGCACAGACCCUCUCGGGGCCUUGUCACUGCCUGAGCCCCAGGCCAGGGAGCUGGCCCUCGAACUUGGCCUCCACAAGACCCCAGUCUCAGAGGACUUUGAGCUCGAGGGAGUAUGUCAGCUCCCAGACCAGUCACCUCCUGGGGACAGUGUCCCCAAGGCUGAGGAAGCCUCAUGGGGACAGUUUGGGCUGGGUUCCAGGAAGAGACAUUGGUCUCCCAAGGAGGAAGCUGAGUGUGGAGCCAAAAGAGUUUGUGAAGCCCCGCGGGAAGAUGCAGAUGAGAGGAAGCAUGAAAAUGGGGGGCCAAGGCGGACUGUGCUGCAGCUCCCCUCCACUGGGGAUGACGAGGUGUUUGCUUCUGGUUGCACCCCGCCUCGUGGCUGUGCUGUGCGGAGCUGCCUCUCAGCCAGCGGGCUCCAGGCUCUCACCCAGUCUCCGCUGCUGCUCCCCGGGAAGGCAGCAUCCUCGCAGUGCUCGGACCCCACAGAUGAGAGUGCGGAUGGCUUUCCCUCCACUACAGAAGCGCCCACGUUCAGCCCAAUCUUCUCCCGGAGGCGCCCCUUCAGCAGGACUUACACACGGAAGAAGCUCAUUAGCUAGUUAGGCCCGGACCCGCUGGAGGACUGACCGUAAGCAGCACUGCUGGGCUGGGCAGAGGUGCUGUGAGGGUGGUAGCUGUCCCUCACUUGUACCACUCAGGCGUCCCAGCUGGGGACUCAGGACAGGGUUAACUGCAGCCAAAGGGGCCAAGAUCCUUCAGAAAAUGAAGCUGAAGUCAGCAUGGUCACCAUGGACCUCAAGGAAUUGGAGACCUGAUCCCAAGCCUCUUUCCCAGGGUCAGCUUGCAGUUCGCACUAGAGUGGCCCUCAGUCUUCCUGUUCCUCUCAGGGACUCCCACUGCCCAGCAGCACCUCUCUCUGUAACCUGCCUCAGGACCAUCCCUGCCCGGCUGGGGAAGGGGAGGUGGGUAGCAGUGUGGCUGCUGUUAUUACUCAGGUGACCCAGCAGUCGAGAAACUAAGCAAGGUUCUGGGUAAGAUGGGAUCCCAUUCCAGUGACACCCCAAACACAAGUCAGGAGGCCACGCCUUGCUUGUGAACAUGGAGACAGGAGCCCCUCUAUGGGUCUCCAUGAAGCUGCUGUAAGGCUGGGGUGCUGUGACACAAGUACUUUGUAAACUGUGAAGCCCUGUGCACAAACUGCCGUGGCAGGCAGUGGGAUAAAUGUUCACAUACCCUGCGUGGCGGUGAAAUCAUUUCUGGCUGCUUGGCCUUUGGUGCUUUUCUGUUAAUGUUCCCUCCUGACUGGUUCAGCUCUAGCAGUUCCCAAGAGCAGCCACAUUCCGAGGCCUGCCCUGAGACCAGCCAGCUUAUGCCACAGGCCACCCUCUUCCUAGGGAGACCAUCGCCUGGCACCACUAGGUGGCUUCAUCCUCGAACAGCAAGAUCUUACGGUCUCAAAGCACUCAAGCCUGUUGUGGUCCCAGAUUAGAUUCUUCCUACUGGCUUAUAAUCUGAUUCCAAAUGAAAACCCCCAGCUGCCUGCAGAGGUGAGCUCCCCUCUGCUGUGACAGAGACCUGGGUCAAAGGGCAGAAGGCUGGAUUUGUGCUCGUGGUUUCAGAGGCUGCACCCCACGCUCAGUGCAUUGUUUAGGGGCCUGUGCUGAGGCCUCACCAUGGGUGGCACCACAGAGUAAAACUGAGCAUCUCAUGGCCCAGGAAGUGGGGAGCAGGGUCCCUUAAAGCCCAUCCCCAGUGACCUAACAUUUCCAUAGGCCACACCACCUUCCCACAGAACCAUGACCUGAGGAUCAAGCCUCAACACGUGAGCAUCCAAGCAGCCAUUCAAGAUUCCUCUUGACCCCUAAGGCUCAUGUCCAUUGCCAGUGCAAGAUCUGUCCAUCCAUAACACUGCUCAAGUGUCCAGCUCCUAUCUUCUCCAAGACUUCAGGCAAACUCAGCUAACCUUCAGGCCCUGUGAAAAUUAACAGGCUGUGCAUGGUGAUGCAUGUCUGUACUUCCAGCACUUGGGGGAGGCUGAGGCAGAAGGAUCAUUGCAAGUUCAGAAAAGAAAAAAAAUUGCUGACACCAUGGGCCACCUGCCUACUUGGCUUUUUUUUUUUUUUUUUUUUUUUUUUUUGCUUUUUAAUAGCAUGAAUUUCUAGCAACCAUGAACUCAUUGGCUAUAACUUGAACUAUGUUCCUUUUCUGGCCACUCUGUUUUUCAAGUCUCAGUCUGUUUUUAACUCCUACAACUGAUCUUAAUUAAAAGGCCAACAAGCAAGCUUUUACUCCUGAUUCUCAUUGUUGAUCUGGGUAAAGGCAGUCAGCAGCAUACCCCUUGCAGCUGCACGGCCCUGAAAUCUCUGCUAGGAUUACUGGCCCAUCACCUUUCAGCUCAGCCUCCCAAAAGAAUCUCAGGACCUGGCCAGAAUGUAGACAAGUCGUUUGGGGCCGUUGUGUUCUCCUGUCUAGUUCUCAGUAGCGGCCUGGCUUCCACCCAAAGCCUCACCUGGACAGCCUUGCCCGCCCACUCCUUUCCGCAGUGGUCUGAGUGCCCUCUGGAAUUGCCCACUGUGCUCACAAUGUUUGAGGCGCCUGGCUUUUCAGACUUUUCUAAUUUGUAAGCCAGUACCAAAGGCUGCUGAAUCGUACUAUCAGGUCCAUACCAGGUCACUGUCACCAGACUGAACCCCAAAAUUCCUGUUAGCCAAUAACCAGGUGAUCCCAUCAACCACCCACAAGCUGCACAUCCUCCCACUCACCACAGGGGGCGCUCCCGGCAGACUCCAUCUGGUCUGAUGCCACACUCGCACCAGCCCACUUUGGACUCGCUAUAAACACCCACUGGCACCAGGACAGACCCAAUUCUACCCUCAUUUGGGAAAAGAAGGGCGGUACCCUGGCUCCUCAAGUCUCCCCUUGCUGUGAAAAGCUCUGAUGACAACACGCACACCAAAUCCCCCAAUAACCCAGACCUGCCUGGGGAGAAGGUACCUGUAGAGCAGGAACUCCUCCACUCAUUCAUUGCCCAUUCAAUUAAGUGUCCUGCCCACUCCUACAACUAUUAUUUGCAGUUACCAAGUAAGAAGAGAACCUGCAGAUUUGGUAACAUGACUGCAUUGCCAGUACCAGUUUUCUAUGCUAGCUUUCUGUCCCUGUGACAAAUACCUAAAAUAACUUAGAAGUAAAAGGUCUAUUUUAGCUGUUUCA